GGUAAUGCAUACACCUCCACCAAAAAAGGAGCACUCGAUCAGACUAGACAUGAAUUAAGAUCUGGAUCAACUUUUCAUCUUAUGACAAAACUGAUCUAUCACUGGAAUAUAAUUUUUGAGCACUUUUGACUCUGGGAUCACCAGCAAGUUGAGACAUGAGGGUCCAAACAUUUUCAAGAGCACAGAUCUUGGACGAAUUCACUCUUAGAUUUCAGUCUCUUGCUGCAAAUGACAACCGUGGAUUUAAACAAGAAUUUGAGGAUUUAGAAGAGGUUGGCCAGAAUCUCCCCUCCAGAGCUGGGACCACUGAGGCCAACCAGAACAAGAACAGAUACCCCCACAUUGUGCCAUAUGAUCAUUGUCGAGUGAGGCUGUCUGUACAAAACCAAAAUCCAUAUUCAGACUACAUCAACGCAAACUAUGUCCCUGGUGGAGGGACAGAGAGAGAUUUCAUCUGCACCCAGGGCCCACUGCCUCACACUGUGGCGGACUUCUGGAGGAUGGUGUGGGAGCAGAACGUCCAGAUCAUUGUCAUGGUCACAGCUCUGAGACACAAGGACAUAAUUCUGUGUGAGAAGUACUGGCCUUUGGAACCAGGCACAGUUCAACAUGGACGAAUACAAGUGACCACAGUAAACCGCCAACAAGGGCCGGACUACUUCAUCACCACAAUCAAAUUACGACAGAGGGAUUUUCCCACUGAACGGAUAGUCACACAUUACUAUUACUCAUCCUGGCCGGAUUUGGGUGUCCCAAAAGAACCAGCAUCACUUUGUGCCUUCACUGAGCAUGUGCGUCAACACCUGGAGACCCUGCCUCGCGUCGGACCAGCUGUAGUGCACUGCAGUGCAGGUGUCGGGCGUUCAGGGACCUUCGUUGCUCUGUUGUGGCUCAUGCAGCUCUGUGCUCGUGGGAUCAGGCCUGAUGUUAGAGCUGCAGUGGAAGACCUCAGAUUGCAUCGCAUGUGGAUGGUACAAAAACUGCAACAGUAUGUAUUUGUAUACCAGUGCCUUCUGCAUUGGCUUAAUGCAAGAAUGGUAGGAUCUACAUGGCUGCAACUUCAGAGUCCUAAUUUGAACCCUAAUCAUUCCCAGCCACACAGCUCUCCACCAAAAGAAAAUAAGGUGAGAAAAAAACACCGGCAACGCAGAAAGUCAACAUCAGAUCAAGAACAAUUCACAACGCAACAUUUUCUACAUCCUUCAAACCUGUUAAGGAAGCUACUGCCAUCAUCAACACUCCCUAAGAAAGGCACAAAAACAUCCCCUACUACAUCUGUGCCAUUUAGGUGAAAGAGAAUGUCUUACGUCACACUGUUACAAACUGGUCUUUCAACAUGCAACUGAUGCUCUUGAAGAAAGUACUUACGUUCAGACCAAAACCUGCCAAGCAGGACAAACCCGCUUUUGAGAGGGUGUGAGAACAAAUGUUUGUCAGCAAAUGCUUCUUGUAUAUAGACUGACUGCUAUCAACUAAACAAAACCUGUGCAGCCAAGUAUGUGUGUAGGAUGUAUGAUGAGUUUUAUAAGUCUGAAUAAAGUUUGUGAGGAGUUUUAUUUCA